AUGGUCUUUGUCCAUAUUCCCCGAAGGAAAAAGAAUAUCCUUGGUGGAAUCUUCAUAGUGGUGUGCCUAUACUGGGUGCUGCUGCAGCGAGCACUGUUCAAAGAUCGAUUGACAAACGGUGUGAACCAUUUCUGCUUGCAAUCUUUGGAAAGAUUGGAAGAGCGUCCUGUUAAGUGGCCGACAAUUCCUGAGCCUAAUGGUAGGAUUGGCGACGAUGUUAUUGAGACUCUGCUAGAUCUACGGGAUUACGAGAAAUGUGUCAUGUUUAAUCCUGCCUUGGAUUAUGAUCGUUUGAAGAUAGUUCAAAAGGGCCUAUUCCCUUAUUUGAACCUAGACUUACUCUACGCGGACGAGAAGAAAUUUUGGCCAGUGUAUUCGAGGUGGGAUGGUCAGUCAGUUCAGGGCUUCAUGCCUAGGUUCUCUGAGGAUGAGAAUAAGUUCCUUGGUUUCUCGAAGAUAAAGUACGAUCAAAGACUAUCAUUCUGGGGGAAUUGGCACAGGAAUAUUAUGCAGCCGGCAUCAAGAGGCAUUGUCAUCAGUGCGGGAGCUGGGCAGGUUGAAGACUGUGCCAGAUUAGUGAAAGUGUUAAGACAUCUGGGCAACAGACUGCCCAUCGAAAUUGUGCAUAGGGGCGAUCUUUCAGUGGACGAGCAGAGGCAAAUUUUCCAAAUUUCCACAGAAGAGGCUUCAUCUCAUUUUCCAGCACAAGAUCUGUGGUUUUUAGACGUUUCAAGCAUGUUGAAUCCAGUGUAUGCUAAGCGUUUUAAAAGCUUCAGUAAUAAGUGGCUGGCUGUAGUCUUUUCGACGUUCCAAAAUCCUGUCUUGCUGGACGCAGAUACCAUACCAUUCACUUCACUGGAUUUAUACUACAACUUCCAUCAAUUCAAAACAACGGGUGCAGUUUUCUUCAAAGACAGGAAAGUAAAUUCAGAUCUCUUGGAUAAAGAACAGUUGGACACGCUAAAAAGGAUAUUCCUCAACCUCACCGAUAUUACACCAAUAGAAAAUGAAUCAACUGAGAGCAUGAAAGAUAAGUUAAAAGCUUCAUUUAACGAUGAUAUUGCCGCCGAGACAGUCUACAAUAUGAUAGUUAAGGGCCAGAAACAUCACAUGGAAAGCGGAUUGGUCCUUAUCGAUAAGACACAACAUUUGACCAACCUUCUGGCUUCCAUAGCUUUACAGUUUUCAUCCGUUAGUGGCUACUUCCAUGGUGAUAAAGAAUGGUUUUGGAUAGCUCAAGCUCUUCAAAAACAGUCUUUUACCCUUCAUCCGAAAGAGGCUUCUAACGUUGGAAAGCUUGGAAGGGUGGUCUCUGACGAGAAGGGUGAGUUUUAUCAGCUCUGUUCGGUUCAACUCUCGCAUACUGAUGUCGACGGAAGCCUUCUAUGGGUCAAUGGCGGACUGAGAACAUGUAAAAAAGACUCCUGGACCUCCGAUUAUAGAGAUAAUAGGCGAAUUUCGUCUAUGUUUGAUAGUGAGGAAGCAGUACGAGAGUACUAUCAAUCCCCAGUACAGCUAGAGGCCGCUAUUAUCCCUGACGCGGAGAUCAAGCCAUGGAUAAUGACAGGGGAGUGUGCGAUGUUUACGUACUGCACUUUGUACAGGGAAGGAGAGUUUGGAGAAGUUAUAAAAUUUAACGAGACUCAGAAGAACGCUUAUAGGGAGAUUGUCCGCGUCUGGAAUUCAGUUAUUCAUAGCACUGAAGGUCCAAGCUCUGUCAUAUAG